AUGGCAGAGGCUCAACUCGUUGCUGGAGUGGAGCUGUUGACAACGCCCAACAAUGGAAGCUACGCUUACAGAUUUGGCAUGAAGCCCAAGAAUGUUACAGCGAUUUGCAUUCCCCAGCCACACACAAACGCUGGAGGCCUAUAUCUUUAUCGUAACCCUUUACGCGCUACCACCCCCCUCUAUUUGUUUCAGCUUGCAUUUGCUUCUCUCCUCACUAGUGGAUGCAACUUCAUUCUCAAGCCUUUCAGUCAAGUCACCAUUGUUGGGCAGAUCAUGGGUGGAAUUAUUGGAGGCCCCUCAUUUAUAGGGCGCAUUGAUGCUUUUGCAGAUAUGGUGUUUCCAAUUAGUAUAAUACACCUGUUGGAGACACUGUCAUCUUUCGGAAUCAUGUUCUACCUGUUCCUUCUGGGAGUGAAGAUGGACUAUGGCAUGAUCAGAAGUUCAGGGAGUAAAGCAUGGCUAAUAGGUUUCUCGACCUAUCUUUUCCCAAUAUUACUCACAGUACCCGUCUCCUUGAUCCUGAAGAGAUACAUUAAGAUGGACCAUGAACUUGAAACAUCCGUACAAUGUCUCUCACUUCUAGUGUCUUCUACCACGUUCCAUAGCGUUGCUUGCUUCUUAGAGGAUCUCAAACUCCUCAAUUCCGAGCUUGGCCGCUUGGCAAUGUCCUCCUCCAUGAUCAGUGGCGGCUUGAGCUAUACCACACUGAUUUUUGCUUUUACUGCACGGCAGUCCCAAUUAAAUGGCGAUGGUUUUGGAGUAUGGUUAUGUAUUAUUAUGAGUGGAAUCGCUCAGAUUAUCUUCACCAGAGUGGCCAUCAAGCCCAUACUGAUUUGGAUGAUCAAGCAGACCCCAGAAGGUCAACCCGUCAAAGAAUUUCACCACUGCAUCAUCUUCCUGCUAGUACUGGGAAGUUCAUUGAUUAGCGAGAUCACGGGAAUGCACGGUUUCUUCGGGCCUAUGGUGUUGGGGUUGGAAGUACCGGAAGGAUCCCCGUUAGCAUUUACCUUGGUGGACAGACUGGAUUUCUUCUUUUCUUUCGUGAUGUUGCCUAUCUACUUCAUUGUGUGUGGUGGGAGAACAAACUUGACCCGAGUGACUCCUCACACUUGUCUUGUAGUUGAGCUCAUGUCCCUGCUUGGUUUCUUGUCUAAGUUUAUUGGAACCAUCCUGCCUUGUGUCUUCCUCUGCGACAUGUUUCUCAGAGACGCAAUCACCCUCAGCCUCAUACUUAACAGUAUAGGAAUUCUUGACAUUCACUUUUACACCAGCGCGAAUCAACUCAAGUUUAUUGAUAACCAAUGCUUCAGUGUUCUGAAUACAACAGCGAUGUUCAUUACAGGAAUUGUGUCGCAUCUCGUUAGUACCCUCUACGACCCUUCAACAAGAUAUAUGGCAGACAAAAGACGUACCAUACAGCACUCCUCACGCAAACUUAAGCUCCGGUUAUUGGUCUGCGUACACCAGGAAGAGCAAGUCCCUAACAUCAUUAACCUGCUUGAAAUGUCAAACCCCACUAGAGAGAGUCCAAUUGCUGUUUAUCUUCUCCAUCUCAUUGAGCUUGUGGGCCGUGCAACCCCGUUGCUUGUUGCUCACCAACCCUUCAAGCACUUUGAUCAUCGUCCCACCCCAAUUAUCAAUGCCUUCAGAAUGUAUGAAAGAAACAACCUUUCCAUCGUCACAUUGCAGCCCUUCACUUCUAUUGCGCCCUAUGCAACCAUGCAUAACGACAUUUGCACACUGGCUCUUGAUAAGAGGGCUUCCCUUAUCAUCCUCCCUUUCCACAGGCAAUGGAACACUGAUCACACCAAGGAUAUAUCCAAGUUUCGGAGUGUUAAUCUCAGGGUCCUAGACAAAGCCCCUUGCUCUGUUGGGAUCAUUAUCGAUCGUGGGGCUUGGCGCGUCACCAAGUCUGUGCUAGGAAGCUGGUCUCUUUUCCGGGUUGGCGUGUUCUUCAUAGGCGGAGCCGAUGAUCGUGAGGCAGUGGCAUAUGCAAUGCGCAUGUCUGAACAUCCCAAUGUUACUGUAACACUAGUGAGGUUCUUACCCUUACAGAUGACCAUUAAUGAUCAUGAUCCAAAUGAGAGGAGAAUGGAUAAUGACAUGAUCAACGAGUUUAAAGUAUCAAAGGUAGGAAGUGAAAAGGCUCUGUACAAGGAGGAGAUGGUGGUGGACAGUGUGUGUACAUGCAGUGGAAUUCGAUCAAUGGAGAACUCUUUUGAUCUAAUACUAGUUGGCAGACGCCAUGAAGAGAAUUCCCCCAUGGUGUAUGGACUAAAUGACUGGAUGGACUACCCGGAAUUGGGAUUUCUGGGGGACAUACUAGCAUCAGAGGAUUUCACUGGGAAGGUAUCAACAUUGGUGAUUCAACAGCAUAGUUGGGCAGCCGGAGAAGAAAGCUCAAGACAUUCAGAGGAUAGUCCUAGCCGCCAAGACUCGUUUCUACCUCAGGUGUCCCCCAACGGUCUUAAAGGCUAUUGA